CACCACGAGCUGACCUCGCUCUUCGAGUGCCCGGUCUGCUUUGACUAUGUCCUGCCUCCCAUCCUGCAGUGCCAGGCCGGGCAUCUGGUGUGUAACCAAUGCCGCCAGAAGCUGAGCUGCUGCCCGACGUGCAGGGGAGCCCUGACUCCCAGCAUCAGGAAUCUGGCUAUGGAGAAGGUGGCCUCGGCCGUCCUGUUUCCCUGCAAGUACGCGACCACCGGCUGCUCGCUGACCCUGCACCACACAGAGAAGCCAGAGCACGAGGACGUCUGUGAAUACCGUCCCUAUUCCUGCCCUUGCCCGGGGGCCUCCUGCAAGUGGCAGGGCUCCCUGGAAGCCGUGAUGUCUCACCUCAUGCACGCCCACAAGAGUAUCACCACCCUUCAGGGAGAAGACAUCGUCUUUUUGGCGACAGACAUUAACCUGCCGGGGGCUGUCGACUGGGUGAUGAUGCAGUCGUGUUUUGGCCACCACUUUAUGCUGGUGCUGGAGAAGCAAGAGAAGUAUGAAGGCCACCAGCAGUUCUUCGCCAUUGUCCUGCUCAUUGGUACCCGCAAGCAGGCAGAGAACUUUGCUUACAGACUGGAGUUGAACGGGAACCGCCGGAGACUGACGUGGGAGGCCACGCCCCGGUCCAUUCACGACGGCGUGGCCUCGGCCAUCAUGAACAGCGACUGCCUGGUUUUUGACACAGCCAUAGCACAUCUUUUUGCAGACAAUGGGAACCUUGGUAUAAAUGUGACUAUUUCUACAUGUUGUCCUUGAUCCAUCAUGUGGAGUCCAUAAAUUUGUGGGCAUAGUGUUCUAUGUUUAAUAAAGGUUUUUAUAGAUGUUUUGUUCA